GUCUGUUUUAGUUUCCGUAUACGAUUUGAAAUUUCCAAAAAAAAGAAAAAUCUUAUAAUUCGUUUUUAUAUUCCUGAAAAUUUACUUUCAGCUAUCAAUAACAAUAAUAAAAAAAUAAUCACAGACAAUAAUGUCGCAAAGCAUAUCUGCAACACCGCCAAUGCAUGACAUUUCUCUUUCGGGGACUGAAGAACAUGGCGACUCCGCGUUCGAAGUACAAAAAACAGUCGGUUCGAAGGCUAAUUCGUUAAAGCGUUUCUUCAAAUUGUCAAAUAGAAGACACAGCGCAUCCGAAGAGCAGCCGACCAGCUCCAGCGAAGUAGUGCCCGAAGAUCGAGGACAAUCGACAAAAGACGAAGUUGAUAAAGAGGCCAGUAGAAGAGGGCCGGAAAUGGAAGACGAGCUGGAGAAGCCCAGAAAAGAUCAUCCGAAGCGAUUUCACUUACGUUUAGGCGCCGCCAGUCGAAUUGUGGAACCCGCUAACACCGGCAACUUCGUGACUAACGCCUCAAGCCGACAGUCGUUGAAAAACUCCAUUUCCAGUUAUUGGCAUACCGUCUUCAGGCGCGCCAGUAAGAGAGUUGGGAAGCAGAAAGUUGGACAAAAUUGCGAUGAGGAAGAUGACGUCGAAGUGGAUGCCAAUGAGAGGCAGUUGGAGGAAGAGGUACAAACGUUAUCGAUCUCAGAGGAUACUGUCGGACAAGUGAUACAGGCGAUCGAAUAAGAAUGAAUGAAUAGGGCGAGGCUGUUGUUGGGACCAGGUGAAGGAAAGAAAUUGAAAGAAACCGAAUAAAUAGGUGGUGGGAGAGGUAGGCGUCACUAUCGCCCAGCAACUUGAGAAGUGGCGGUUGGCGAGUUCUCGAAAUAUAUUGAAAUUCUUGUGUGCAUUAUUUUAAAAUUUUUCCUAGACUAACACAAACACAUACGAUUUUUGUACCAUUUGUAGCAAAUUUAUUUUCUUUAAAAAUUUUGUUAACGCUUUCAAAGGAAAAAAAAAUUUUUAUAUU